AUGUUGCCCAAAAAUAUUCUUGCUUCCCUUCUGGUAGCUGCUGUCACCACAGCUCUACCAAAUAGACCAUCCUUAUCAGAGCGCUCAGUCAGUUUUGGGUGGGGUCAUGAGAAGGUUCGGGGUCUGAACAUUGGAGGCUGGCUAGUACUAGAGCCAUGGAUCACACCAUCAAUUUUCCAGAAACUCGAUCAAUCUCUAGGAAUUGUCGAUGAGUUUACGCUCACUGAAAAACUGGGCUCAAAGGCAGCACUUGAUAUCCUCAAGCCUCAUUGGGAUACUUGGUGCACAUUAGAAGACUUCGAAAAGAUUGCAGCCGCGGGAUUUAACACAGUCAGGAUUCCAGUUGGAUAUUGGGCAUACUCAAUCGCACCUGGAGAAAGCUACACUCAGGGUGCUGCGCCUUACAUUGAUUCUGCUAUUUCUUGGGCAAGAAAGACGGGGCUGAAGGUCUGGAUCGACUUGCACGGCGCUCCUGGAUCUCAGAAUGGGUUUGAUAACAGCGGACAAAGAAUGACAACGCCAACCUGGCAGCAAGGAAACACUGUCGCGCAGACACUUGCAGUUCUUGAAACGAUUACUCAGAAAUAUGCUAAACCUGAGUAUCAGGAUGUUGUGGUCGCCAUUGAACUCUUGAAUGAACCAUUGAGUUUUGAUCUCAACUUUGAUGAGUUGAAACAAUUCUAUCGAGACGGUUUUGAUCAAGUCCGCGCUGUCAGUAAUACUCCUGUCAUGCUACACGAUGGAUUUGUUUCACCGAGUACUUGGAACGGUUUCCUCUGUCCAGCAGACAACAAUGCACAGAAUGUCAUCGUUGAUCACCAUGAAUACCAGGUGUUUACAAACGAGUUGAUAGCUUUACAGCCUUCAGAACAUAUUCAGUUAGUCUGCAGUAAUGCACAGAAUUAUACUUCUGGGACGGAUAAGUGGCUAGUUGUUGGUGAAUGGACUGCAGCCCUGACAGAUUGUGCACCAGCUCUUAAUGGGUAUAAUAUUGGUGCAAGAUACGAUGGGAGCUACCCUGGCUCCAGCUAUAUUGGCUCUUGUGCAGGGAAGAGCAACAUUGCUCAUUGGGAUGCCACCAUGAAAGCAAAUGUGCGCGAGUACAUUGAAACACAGCUUUCGGCCUUUGAAAGGUAUAGCCAAGGAUGGGUCUUUUGGAAUUUCAAGACGGAGGCAGCUCAUGAGUGGGACGCGUUUGUGUUGUUGGAAAAUGGAGUUUUCCCACAGCCGCUGACAGCACGUGAAUUCAACACUCCCUGCUAA